AAAAACAGUUUCUUGUUUCACCGUUAACGCUCCAUCCCUUUUGGCGCCAUGAGAUGAAUCGCUCUCUGCAACUCCUGAACGAGGUCAAAUCGCUCAGAACCUUGAGAUUCGUCCAUGCCCAUCUUCUAAUUGAUGGCUCCGUCGCCUCAUCGGACCUCAUUCUCAACAAGUUUCUCAGACUUUAUGCAAAGUUUGGUGCAACCAAUCAUGCUCGCAAAGUGUUCGAUCAAAUUCCUGAACCAAAUGCGUUUCUAUGGACAUCCUUGAUUCACGGGUAUGUUGAGAAUAUUCAAUACCCAGAAGCCUUUUCUGCAUUUAGAUGGAUGCGUAGUGAGUCUGUCACCCCAUUGAAUUAUACCAUUGCGUCGGUGCUCAAGGGUUUAGCUAGAUUGGCAAGAGUUAAGGAUGGGAAAGCAGCUUAUGGGUUUGUCUUAAAAUGUGGUUUUGGUUUUGAUUUGACAGUGCAAAAUGCUAUCAUUGACUUGUUCAUGAGAUGUGGAGAAGUUGAUUCUGCAGAAUGGGUAUUCAAUGAGAUGGUUGACAAAGAUUUUGUCUCCUGGAAUUCAAUGAUUUUAGGGUAUGGGAAUAAUGGUAAAGUUGGUGUUGCUCGUGCCAUGUUUGAUGAGAUGCCAGACAGGAAUGUGAUUUCUUGGACGAGCAUGAUUCAGGGAUAUGUUAAGGCCGGGGACAUGGAGGAGUCUAGGAUUCUUUUUGAGAGAAUGCCUAGCAAAGAUCCAGCCUCUUGGAAUGUGAUGGUUUCUGCAUACAUAGAUGCUGGUGAUAUUGAUUCCGCUAAGUAUGUUUUUGAAGCUACGCCAGUUCGUAAUAUUGGGACUUGGAAUCUGAUGUUAUCAGGAUUUUGUAAAGCAGGGGAGAUAGAAGAUGCAAAAGAAUUGUUCAACAAAAUGCCAGAUAGAAAUGUUGCAUCAUGGACCAUAAUGAUGGAUGGGCAUGUUAAAGUUGGGGAUGUUGAUAGUGCAAGAUUUUUAUUUGAUCACAUGCCUGAGAGGAAUCUGGUGUCUUGGUCUGUCAUGAUUAGAGCCUAUGCUAGGAAUGGACAGCCUCAUAAUGCUUUAGAAUUAUAUAAAAAAUUCAAGGAACAAGGCAUUCGGCCAGAUGAAACAUUUAUAUUAGGAAUUAUAUCAGCAUGCUCGCAGUUAGGAAUCUUGGAUACAGCAGAAUCAAUUAUUCAUGACUUUACAGGACCUUCUUUUUCUAACAAGCAGGUAGUUUCCAGUUUGAUUGACAUGUAUGCAAAAUGUGGUAGCCUUGAGAGGGCUUUGCAAGUUUUUAAGAUGGCUAGUCAAAAGGAUUUGCUUUGUUAUAGCACUAUGAUUGCAGCAUUUGCAAACCAUGGAUUAGCUCAAGAUGCAAUUUCAUUGUUUUCUGAGAUGAAAAAGGCCAAUAUAAAGCCUGAUGGAAUAGCUUUUCUUGGAAUUUUGACUGCUUGUAACCAUGGGGGUCUUGUUGCUGAAGGCAGGAAGUACUUCAGACAAAUGAGAGAUGAAUAUGGAAUUCGACCCUCUGAAAAACACUAUGCAUGCAUUGUUGACCUUCUUGGUCGAGCUGGAUGCCUUGAAGAGGCACAUAACCUUAUAAGCAAUAUGACUAUUUCACCCAGUGCAGCUGUUUGGGGUGCUUUGCUUGCUGCUUGUAGGGUCCAUUGUAAUGUAGAAUUGGCUGAAGUUGCUGCAGCUGAAUUAUUCAAGAUUGAGCCACGUAAUUCAGGUAAUUAUAUACUCUUGUCUAAUCUUUAUGCCUUUGUUGGAAGGUGGGAUGGCGUUGCUAGAGUGAGAGCAUUGGUUAGGGAGAAUAAAGUUAUGAAAAAUCGAGGUUCUAGCUGGAUUGAGUUGGGAUCUGUAGUUUAUGAGUUUGUCAUGGGAGAUGAUUCACAUUUUGAUUCAGAAAGCAUAUACUUUAUCUUGCAUUUGAUCUAUGAAAACAUGAAACUUUUGGGAUAUAUGAUUGAUUCCCAAAGGGAAGAAGUCUUGCCACAACAUGCUGUACAGCCUUCUGAUAUAUACUCCUACAAAUUGUUGGAAGAUGGCUGAUCACAAAUGGAAUAAGAAUGCUAGUCUUCUGGUAGAAAAUCUUGCAAGUUGUCAACUAUUCCACCAACAGCAUCAGCAUUAGUCUACCCUACAAGAGGUCUAACACAAUCUUCGGAUUUUAAUUUUACAAAUUAUGAUUAAAACACCACAGAAUGAAAGUGAUGACAUCACUUUUUUUCUUAGAUGGAUGAGCAUAUUAUUCAAGUAUCUAGGUAUAAAAGAAAUCACAGUUCAAGGAAUCACCAGUAAGCUUUGUUGAUUUAUUUUUUGAAAAUCAAUUAUCUAAUUGUGAGCUCCUGGGAAGUUUUUUACUACUUUUGAUUUUAAAUUGUACUUCAAAUUAAUGAUUUUGAGGGAAAGCACAAUUAUACGGUGUUAUUGUGAUGGGCAAUGAGUUUAUGUUGCAAGUUGGUUAAUUAAAGUAGAAAUCAAGU